CAGCUCGUGCAUUAGUUCGUUUGUAGGGCUCAAGGCUGGACUUUUAAAAACAAGCUUUCUUUGGGUUUUCCACUGGGUAAAAAAUACAGGGGAGGGAGCCUUAUUCCUCAAAUGCCACCCAUAACGAUUAGCAUCUUAAUAUCCAGAUCCAAAAAGUAAAGAAAAAACAAAGAAAUACCCUUGGUAGCAGUGCCAGUGGGCUGCCACCCCAAAGAAGCAGAACAAGUUCAUGAAAUUUCCAUUCCAAACAUGUUACCUUCCCCCAGGCUACUCCCGUAUACAGAAAUUCUGGAGCGUUCCCGAAGCAGCCUUGAUGGAAAUGUGAGUUUACAGGUGGGUAGACCUUGUGAAGUUCUCCAAGCCUGUCUCCUCUUCUGCUAAAUUUAUGGGAUGUUACACAUCAAGCCUUCAGCCCUACGCUUGCAGCUGUUAUAAUGACAAUAUUCAUCCCAAGUUCACUUUACCUAAACUGACAUCUGGUCUUAGAGUGAUAGUGCCUUCCUCUGGGCACUGCACACAGAAGAUGCUUAAAGUGUGUUUAAUGAAGUGAAAACUGUGUGGCGGGUGCUGAAAAGCCCCCUUGUGUUGGAGUCCCCAAGCGUGUUUAUAUCCGUAUAAUUUAGCAUCCUCUCUAGAGUACUCCAGAUCAGCCUUAGGUUCCCUCCCAAGCUUCAUUUUCCAUGUCUCUAAGGGAAGGGGAGAAAUCCUGGGCAAUCUCAGUCACUGGGGGUGUCUAGAGUCUUAUUUGGGGGGCAGCUCUGAGCUUAGGUCUUUUAGAGGUGCCUAAAAAUCCACCCCUACCUUUUUUUCCUGCCAACGGAAGAGGGAGUCCCUUCCCCUUCACCCAGACUCCAAGGCCUUUCCAGGUCAGGCCAGCCUCCCCGACCUCAAAGCCUUUUGCGUUUUUGAACUCUCAAGCCUUGCGCAUAGUAGUUGCUCGGUCGGUGUUUACAGCUUGGAAGGUAUGGAGGGCUCCUCAGAAUUCAUCUCAUCAGCCUGGUGUUCCUCAUCCAUUUUUUAAAAACUCACAUAUCUUUAGAAUAAAUAUAAAAAUUUCUCCCCUUCCCCACACAAUAUUCUAACUCCCCAAGGAAGUAUGUCCUUCCAUUCCUGGCCGAGGAGCGUUUGCAGAAAUGAAAUACAUAGUCCGUGAGGCCUCCUCAAGGCAGAUGCCUUGUAAUUUGAAUUAAAAAGUCUUUUUUUUUUUUUUUUUCCAUUUUCAGAUUGUAAAACUAUACCGUGCCAGUGAAAUUACUGGUCCAAAUUACCCUCAUUCCCCACUAGAAUUUCACAACACAAGCGUCUUCCCUGCCCCUUCCCAGCUUAGAGUCACAGUGAGGCCCAACAGUUGGUUUUACCAUGGCACCCUGGGAAAGGAGAGGCUUGUCCAGCAUCACACUGCGCAUAGAAGCAGACCAUGGAUUUGAAAUUGACUCUCUCAGAUUCCAGGCCCCCUGUGUUCGUUCGGCCCGGCCUCCAGGUGGAAGUUCUACUUCCAGAGCCACCAGCCCCAGUAUAACCCACCCGAGCCUCCAGAUCGGAAGGGUGUAGCCGAACCCUGGGCCUUCCUCCCCUGGAGGGGCUGGCUUCCCUGGUCAGGAGCCCCACCGGCCCCUCUGACUGCAGCUGUGGCAGGAGCACACUCAGUGGCUACAGGCCAGCCCCACCCCCUUGUCCCCAGGCCUCAGUGCCCACUGCUCCUCACAUGACCUUAGGUGAGAGGCGGAUCACAAUGACACUGAUAAGGCCCUCCGGACAGCAGGGAGGGGCCGGCAGAAGGACCAGGCCAGGAAGAUGGGCUCUCCCAAGCACCAGCCACCUGUGGGGGCCUCUAAACUCACUGGGACAUUCUCUGGCCCCACUCCAAAGCCCCAGUAGGGUGAGUAUACCACUAGGGGCCAGCGGAGGGCUGACAGCAUCUGGCAGUGGGGUGUAGUAAGGAAGAAGGAAGCUUGCUCCAAGAACUCCAGCGUCCAAAGCUGGGGGCGGAUCUGGGGCUCCGUCUCCCAGAAAAGGAUUUUGUUAAAAAAAUAUAUAUGUCUUCGUCCCACCCCACACCUACUAAAUCAGAAUCUGGGGCAUCUGUAUUUUCAACAAGCUCCCGCCCCAGCGGCUGGGAGGCCCCAGCAGUCUGAGCUCUCCUUUCAGGCCGGUUCCAGGUGUCCUAAUUCCCAGGGGGAGCAAGCGCUAAAGCAGUAACAGCCUCCAGGACUUGCCACCGCACCUGCUAAGUGCUCUCUACCACCUGAGGGGUAUUUCGCUCUCACGCAGGAGCAGGUGCUGAGGGGCGUUCAUUAGUUGGCUCGGCCCACGUUACAAAGCUGAUAAGUAGUGGAGCUGAGACUAAAUCCUAAAUAAUAAUCCUUUAAAAAUCAUCAUAAUGACAGCAGCUAGUGUUUGUUGAGCACGUACGACGUGCCGGAUAUUAUUCUAAGCCACUUACGUGUGCUCGCUCAUUUGAACGUCACAGCAACUCAAAAAGGUGGGGUACUCUUACCGUCACCAUUUUCCAAGUGAGGAAACAGAGCCUGGGUGCGCUCUCGCCUACAGCCACUCAGUGUCUAGCAAGCCAGCGAUGCUGCCCCCAAACCACGCGGCCCAGCUCUGGGCACCAUGGCCUGGGGGCUGGUCUACGCCCUCCCCUCCACUUCACUCAAUAUCACCUGCCCCCACUGGCCUCAGGAUGCUCUGAGCUGAGCGCGGGGCCAGGCAUGCCUCAGCGUCACCCCAACCCCUGGGCCCAGCAGGGGGCGCCCAAGGGGCUCCCGCGCGAGGGCGCUCAGCGCAGCAGAGACCUGCUGCUGCCUAGGCUGCCGCCCUGCGAGCUCCGACCAGCGCCUGGCGCCGGGAGAUGGGGGGCCUCGACAGCCUCCGGGGGCGGCGCCGAGUGUUGGCAGACCUCUGGCGGCGAAUCGUCGCCCACCGAGCCUGGGGCGGGCGUCCCGAGCCCCCCACCACGCCUGCCCGCCCUGCCCACAGUGGCCCAACGGGUGGCACCGAACAGGACAGCGCUAAGGUCGCAGCUGCUGCCGCCCCUGCUCCUGGCCCGCGUGCCCCGGACACCCGCGCCCCCGCGUCCAGGGCCUGGAGAGAGCGAGGACUGCUGGAGGGGCUCGGCCAGGGAGGCCCCGAACUCCUCGGGCGCCCUCCGAGAAGAGUCCCUCCCUGGCAGGUUCCAGGAGUUCCUGCGCCAGCUCGGGGACAAGUGGCUAGAGCAGCCGCAGCCACUGACAUCCUCAGAAUCGAAACAUCAGAGGGGUGUGUCAGAGCACUGCCAACGUUCUCCUCAGUGUCCCAACUGCCCCCUCCUCCCAGACCUGCGGGGCCAGCCAUCGUACUUCCAGGAUAGUCUUAAGAAGGUUUUGCUCCAUCAGACACCUGCCCUGGGGCCGCUGAGGACAGAUCACACACAAUUCCCCACUAUCAAAAAGGCCAGCAAGCCCCACAGUAUACAGGCCCCCAAGCUCAAGGCCGUGCUCACCCACAGCUGCUCGGGGGAAGGCUCAGGGCACCGAAGGCGGCGUUACCCAUUACGAGUGCGAUUCGCCGACGAGACCCUACGGGACACAGCACUCCGCUACUGGGAGCGCAGCUGUGCAUUCCAGCAGGGCAUCAUUGAGAACCAGCCGGCCACCCAGUCGACAGCAUCGGCGCGUGUGUUUGGGAGUGUCAAGAGAUGGCUGGAGAGUUUGCCCAAAGCCCUGUACUCCAGAGCCAAGGAGGAGCCCGCGGCCAGCUCCCCGUUCAACUGCCCUGGCCUGCUCAUCCCGGAGCCACAGGGCCACCUCUCUGAGGAUACCUCCAUGGAAAGCAGCAGCCCGCCCUUCAUGCCCAGGGCCGCCACCCCGAGGCAGCGAAGGGGCCUCAAAACCUUUCUGGGCACCCACAGAAUCCUGGAUCGGGGCAUCUGCCAGCCCCACUUGGUGCUGCACACAAUCCUGAAACCAAGCCGCCCGAAGGGGUACCAGCUCCUCCUGCCUUCUGUACCACGGCAGCGGGGUCGGCGAUGAAAGGCCGCUGGAGCCCAAGCCCAAGCGUGGACAUGGCUGGGGGUCAGGAGAGGCCUUCCUUGCCCCACAAAUA